GGGGCCAUAGGGUGGGUCCGACCCCUCCCCCCCAUUUCCUGCCCCUCCCGGGGGGGCGCUUCGGACGGGAAACGGCAGCGGCGGGCGGGGCGCGGCCCCCCCCCUCGGCUCUCCCCGGGCACACCGCCUUCCGAGCGCCGUGCGUGGCACCGCCAUGAACCCACGCGGGGCCGUGGGGGGUCUCCUGCGGGUCCUGGGGCGGAAGGAACCCCAGCCGCCUUCCCCCGCGCCACCCCACACGUUCCAGGAGAAGUCGUUCCGGAAGAGGUCCCGCUCCUGUGCCGUCUGUCGGGACAGCGUGGGCGCCCAUGGGCUGCUCUGCCGAGUCUGCAAGAUCGCCACCCACAAGCGCUGUGAAGCCAAGGUGACGUCCCCAUGUCACCCUCUGCCCCCCCCCGAGCUGCGGAGAAACACUGCCCCACCGAGGCAUGGCGAGAAGCAGGACGGCAGCCUGCCCCUCAGCGCCCUCCGGCAGCACCGCUCCCUGCCCAGGCCGCCCCCCCUGGCCAUGCCCAGCACCCCCCCCGCAGAGCUGAGCUAUGUGACGGAGCGGAUGAUCGCCGUGCGGUUCCCGGGGGGGGCGGAUGAGCGGCGCUUCCGCGGACACCUCCGCGACGUCGCACUGCUCCUGCGUGCCCGGCACCGCGACGGGUACACGCUCUUCAACCUCUCGGAGAAGCGCCACGACCUCGUCCACCUGCACCCCGCGGUGCAGGAGUUCGGCUGGCCGGACCUGCUGGCCCCCCCCCUGGACACGCUGUGCGCCAUCUGCAAAGCGCUGGAGCGCUGCCUGCGCGCGCUGCCCCCCCGCGUGGCCGUGCUGCACUGCCGGGGCAACAGGGGGAAAGUGGGCGUCGUGGUGGCGGCGUACAUGCACUACAGCCGCGUCUGCGCCAGCCCGACGCCGCCGUGGAGUUCGUGUUCUCCUCCAGUCCUGACAAGGUGGAAGACUGGGCCGCCCCCCGUGGUGCUGUGUGCGUGGACCUGUGCACGUGGGACCCCGUGGUGCGGCGCGACUCCUUCCACGGCUUCAAUGCGCGGCACCAGGACAGCAGCGACGACCUGACGGAGACGGGGGGGCCGCAGGACGAGAGCCCCCGCACCCUUGCGCAAGACAGGGGGGCCGCCGGGGGCGCCCCAUGGGAGGAGGACCCCUCCACGGCAGAAUCCCCGCCACCGCAGAGCCCCACCGGGCGCCCCUCACCCCCCACGGCCGCAGAGCGCUGGGAGCUGGAGCAGCUGCUGGGGGGCUGCGGGCUGGGGGGGGGGCAGGAGGAGAGCCCCCCCGGUGCCCCACAGGGGACCCCAAUGCCCCAUAGCACCCUGGCACCCCACAGUGGCCCUGUGCCCCGUAGCAGCCCUGUGCCUCACGGAGACCCUGUGCCCCAUAGCACCAUGGCAUCCCAUGGAGGCUCUGUGCCCUAUAGAGAUCCUGCACCCCAGAGCAGCCCUGUGUCCCAUAGCACCACAGCAUCCUAUAGCACCAUGGUGCCCCAUAGCAGCCCUGUCCCCCACAGGGACUCUGUGCCUCGUAGCACUGCAGCAUCCUAUAGCACUCUGGCGCCCCACAGCGAAGCAGUGCCCCCCAGAGACCCCAUGCCCCAUAGCUGCCCUAUGCACCAUAGCGCUGCAGCGCCCUAUAGCACCCUGCCAUCCCAUAGUGACCCUGUGCCCCACAGCUGCUUUGUGCCCUAUAGUGCUCUGCCACCCCAUGGUGACCCUGUGCCCCAUAGCAUUGCCACACCCUGUUGCUCCCUGGUGCCCUAUAGCACCCCGACACCCUGUAGCAACUCAAUGCCUCAUAGUCCUGCAUCACCCCAUAGCAGCCCCUCAGCCUAUAGCACCCCAACCACACCCCACAGCCCCCCAACAUCCUAUACCCCCCUCGCAUCCUACAGCCCCUCCCCACCCUAUAGCACCCCAACACCCUAUAGUACCCCAAUGACCUACAGCCCCACUGCAUCCUACAGCCCUCCAUCACCCCACAGCCCCCUGACACCCUAUAGCCCCCCACCCCCUAGCCCCCCAGCACCCUAUAGCCCUCCCAUGCCCUAUGGCAGCCUGACACCCUAUAGCAGCCCACCACCCCAUAGCUCCCUGGCACCCUAUAGCAGCACUCUGGCAUCCCAUAGCACCCAACCGUCCUACAGCACCCAAAGUGACUACAGCACACAUAUGCCCCAUAGCCCCUCAACACUCCAUAGCACCCCAGCGCCCUAUAGCAGCCCACCACCCCAUAGCACACUGACACCCUACAGCAGCACUGUGAUACCCCAUAGCAGCACCUCAGCGCCCCAUAGUGUUCAUGUGCCCCAUAGCACCCAAAGUGCCUACAGCCCCUCGACACCCCACAGCAGCCCAUCACCCCAUAGCGCAAACUACAGCAGCACUGUGACACCCCAGAGCGCCCACGUGCCCCAGGGCACCCAAACACCCAUGGCGCCCCAUAGCCACGCCCAUUUAGGCCACGCCCUCCAGCGCCGCCCCAGCUUGGCCCCUCCCCCUCCCUGUCUGUGCCCGGGGGGAGGGGCUGAGGGGCGGGGGCGGCAGCGCGCACGGAGGUCGCUGUCCGAAGGGGCGGGGGCUGAGUUGGCCACGCCCCUCUGCCCCCUGUGCGGGCCACGCCCCUUCCCUGUGGGACCGCCCACCCCCAAAAGUGGAACCCCCGGGAGCCCCGGAGAGAGCGCGGGGG